AGAAAUUUGGUUAUUUAUGCAUAUUUUUGAAUAUAUUUGUACUACUCGUCUAAGCCAUAAAUACCAUAAAACCUUAAGAAAGAGAACAAUGAUUGAAGCAAAAUUGAAAUAAACGUGUGAGAUAUGGCCAUGAAGGAUGUCACAUCUUUUUUCAUGAGGAACUAAAACUAGAAUUCUACAUUUUUGUGACUAGACGACGUAAGAAGAAAUUCCUUAAGAUUUUUCCUCAACAAUUUAUGAAGAAUGGUACUUUGCUAAUCAAUAAUCUAAAUGAUUUUGCGUGAAGCAUCUUGCUCAAGCAAACAUGAAUGUGAACUUAUUUUGGGACACAAACAUUAAGUGCGAGUUUUGUGAAGCCACUUUCAACAGCCAAGAUUCCCUCAAACAGCACCUGAGACUUCAUUCUAGAAGAAAGCCUUACAAAUGUGAAGAGUGUGAUGCCAGAUUUUCAUAUAAUAGCACAUUAGAAUGGCAUAAGAAGAGCCAUACUGGAGAGAUGCCAUUCAAAUGUGAUGAGUGCAAUGCCCAGUUCACUCAAAACAGUAUGCUUAUUUGGCAUAAGAGAAAACACAGAUUAAUUGAAACGUCUCAGAAUCCAGGAGUAGUUGUGAAUAUGGCAAAUCUGUACCAUCAGCAAAACUUACAAAACUUUUCUAAUGUUUUCAGUGUCUCUAGUGUGGUGACUGCUUCAGCAACACCAGUUUCUAAUACUUUAACAUUACCAGUGUGUAUGAAUGAACCAGUUACUGAUGUUGCACAACUAGAUGUUCAGAUGAACUUAGGUACUUCAGAGCCUCUGCAUUCAGAUUUGGCCACAUCGUCCUCAACAUCAGGAAUUUUAGUUGAUGUCCUCGAGAAGCAUAAGGUUAGCAAGGAAGAAGGUGUAUUCCGUUGUGAUAUUUGCUGUACGACAUUCGUGUAUAGCGCAGACCUCAAAGGACAUAUGGAAACUAAACAUAAUAUGGGAGAAAAUAAUCCGUAUCAUAUCCUUGCUAGGCAACAGCAAGCUAAUGGUUUUAUAUCAAAUAAAAGGAAGAUCAUCCAAGAAAAGCCCUUCAAGUGCGACCUUUGUUAUGCUGGCUUUAACACAGAAGGUCACUUGAAGAGCCACAGGCAAAAACAUGUAGUGGGAAGACCAUAUAAAUGUUCAAAAUGUGGAUUAACUUUCUCAGAUAAAUCUAUUUUAGAGUCUCACGAGAGGCGUCACCAAGCUGAACGACCUUUCAAAUGUGAUAGGUGUGGUGCUGCAUUUUUCCGACAGAGCCACUUGCAAAAACACAUCAAAAGACACACAGGUGAACUGGUGUAAUGAAGUGUUGAACAUUAUCCAUAAUCAUAUUUCUUAGCAUGGUUGCAUGUGUGUGUUAAUGUUGGCAAACACCAGAUCAUUUAGAGUAGAUACAAUGUGACGUGAAAUUCACGAGUAAGGUUAGCCAAUUUA